AGGAAUAUGAUUCAAUUAGAAAUUCAAAAUUAAACAGUUAAAUUUUCUUUGUAUAUACGGUCAAUUUUUCUUAGUUCACUAGAUUCCAAAACAACAGUCGAAAUUUCUUACUUUGCCCAUCAUCGUCAUAGUCGGAAAAACACUUCAAACUGGUUUUCUUCCCUUCGUUUGUAAACUCUUGGUGUCAUCAAUGGCCGAUCGAGUGGCGCUUGUCUUCGAGACGGUCUGCAACAGACUGGACUCCCACGCUAAAGCUUUCUGGAACACCAAGCAACGGAAGCUGCUGCGUUUAAAACUGGAAGAAGUUCAAGAUCUGCUAGAUCAGGACAGACACCCCUUUGAAUUUGACGAAAAAAUUCCGUCGGUUGCCUCACGAUUCGCUGAACUUGAAGAAAUUGCAUAUGGAGUCGAUGAAUUGAUUGAUGACUGGGAGCAAUCUGAAAAAUCAGAAGUUAAAAUCGAGCAACAGGUCCGGAGAAUCCUUGUCCGAUUGGUACGUGUCUUGGAAUCGUUUCAUAAACUUAUUGCUGGUGAAGAUGAAGAAAUUAGUGCAAUUCCUGAUGUGAGUUUUCUAGGAUUAGGAGAUUUUGUUGAUCUUGAAUUAUUGCAUUUUAAUACUAUAAUUUCUUUGUUACUACGAAACGAUGAGCAAAUUUUGCGUUUUAUUCCUUUUGUGGGGAUACAUGGAGCCGAGAAGAGUACUCUUCUUGCUCAAAGAAUUUACAAUGAUGAGAGGGUGAAAUCUUAUUUCCAAUCUAGGGCUUGGGUUUCUGUUGGUGAAAAUCUUGAAAUCGAUAAAAUUGUAGAGGCAAUAGCCAAUGCUCGUAGCAGCGAGAAUGUUUUGCCGCAUGAUAGAUUCUUGCUUGUAUUGGAUGAUGUUUCGGAAGCAGAUGAUACAAGAUUGGAGAAAUUAAAAUCAUGGUUAAAGAAGUGGUUAGAAGUCGAGGGAUCUUGUGUUUUAGUGACUACUCGCUUUAGACGUGUGGCUGAUGUCAUGGGGACAGUCCCGGAGCAACACUUGUCGUAUUCUUCAAUUGAAGUUCCUUUGCUUCGUCCAGCUCCAGGACUUGAACAUGAACAGGGUUUGGGACUUGUGGUAUUAGACUCUGAAGGGAUGACAUCAACUUCCAGAGGUAAAGAUGAGUCGACUUCUGCUGGAUCAGGUCACUUUGAGGUUAAGAGUGAGAGAUUGCUGAGUUCUGAUACAACAUCUCUGGUACCAGAACCUGUGGUAAUGGCUUCAACUUCUGAAAGUAAAGAUCCAUGGAGUUCUUCUAUGUUGGGUCAUUGUGAGGCUCAAAGUGAGAGAGUACAAGCUGCAGGUACAUCUCUGACACAGGAAGCUGUCGCGUGGGCUUCAUCUUGUGGAAGUAAAUAUGAGCCAACUUCUGCUGUGUCAGGUCACUUUGAGGUUCGGGAUGAGAAAAUAAAAGCUUCAGAUACAACAUCUCUGACGUUUGGGUAUCAGGCUCCUACAUCAAGCUUGGAGAUUGUGGAAGAAGAUGUGGUGCCAUUUCCUCCUCAAAUAAGUACACCUUUGCAGAGGGAACCGACAGCUUCACCAUCCCUUUCACAUUCUUCAACAACAGCACCAGCUUUGGUCCUUUCCAAAUCAGGUAAAAACAUAGACCAAGCAGGAAAGAAGAAGUAUGUGAAACAAGUAACAGGUCAUCACAGUGACACUGAGCUGCAUUUGGCUGCUCAGCGUGGAGAUUUAGGAGCAGUUAAACAGAUUCUUGCUGACAUAGAUUCCCAAAUGGUGGAUACCUUAAGUGGGGCUGAUUUUGAUGCAGAAGUUGCAGAGAUAAGGGCAUCAGUUGUGAAUGAGGUGAAUGAGUUUGGGGAAACUGCACUUUUUACAGCUGCUGAUAAAGGGCGUAUAGAAAAUGUGAAGGAGUUGUUGAAGUAUUCAACCAAAGAGGGUCUUACAAGGAAGAAUAAGUCCAUGCUUGAUCCCUUGCAUAUUGCUGCAAUCAGAGGGCAUCAUGAUCAUGAUCCCAGCUCAGAGAUUGUGGAAGAAGAUGUGGUGCCAUUUCCUCCACAAAUGGGUACACCGCCAGCUCGUAAAUCUGAAAUUCAGAUUGUAUCUCUUGAAGCAAGAGAAACGAUGCCAUCAAUUUAUAACAUGGAAUCCGAGAUUAUACCUUCUCAAACUGAAGGAGAGCAUAAGAUGAAGUGCAGAUUGAAGGCAAGUGCCCAGCAAUCAGUUACGGUUGCCACAAAAGAAGCCAUUGAAGUUGCAGUAGAACAUCUCACUGUAAAAAAUGAAAUUUCAGUGGAAGAUCAGUUGUUGCAAGAAUCAGUUUUAUUUGCAAAGAAAUCGAUUAAGACAACUGUACAGAAGAUUUUCAGCCACAUAAAUAAUGUUAGAACUACAAAAAUUGCUGUUAUUGGAACUGGUGGUAUUGGAAAGACUACUGUGCUCAAGGCCUUGAUCAACUUCCCAGGCACAAAAGGUAUGUUUGAUGUGGUAAUUUCAGUGACUGUUUCUAGAUAUUGGAACACAAGAAAGGUCCAAAAUGAGGUUUUAAGACAGUUAUCAUUAGGUUGUGAGUAUUCCGAAACUGAUGCUGAAGUCGCAGAAAGAUUAUAUAAAGUUCUGAAGGGGAAGAAGUUUUUGUUGAUUUUGGAUGAUGUUUGGGAGCAGAUUAAUUUAGAGGCAGUGGGUAUUCCCAGUCCCAGUUCAGAAAAUGGCUGCAAGAUAGUAAUAGCAUCCAGAAAGUUUGAUGUUUGUCAUGACAUGAAUUUGUUUAAGGUGGUUGAAGUAAAAAGUAUCUCUUGGAAGGAAGCUAGGGAACUGUUCUAUGAACAAGUGAGUAGAGACAUUCCACUGUCAGAUAUCAAGACCAUUGCUGAAACUAUAGUUAAGGGCUGUGGUGGUUUGCCACUGCUGAUUAUCGUUACUGGAAGAGCCCUAGGAGAGAAAAAUGAUGUUUCCAUAUGGAAGGAUGCUUCAAAAAAAUUCUCACUGCAUAAAACUUCUAGAAAAUGUCAAAUUGAAGAUGUGCUCCAAUUAUUGAAAUUCAGCUUUGACCAACUAAGUGAUAAUGAUGUGAAGAGUUGUUUCCUCCACUGUGCUCUGUUUUCAGAAGCUCAGGAGGUCAGUAUAAAUAAAUUCAUAGAAUAUUGUAUACAAGAAGGUUUAAUCACUGGUGCUCAAGCUGAUGCACAUAGAAGGGGGCGUUAUAUAGUUGAUAUUCUUAUACAUGCUUCAUUUUUACAAGUUACUGAAGGUGGAAAUUCCAUCAAAAUGCAUGAUUUAAUCAGAGAUUUAGCAUUACGAAUCAUAUCUUCAAUGCCAAAAGAUAUUCAGUUUCCGUUGGGAGCAGAAGGAAUUCAGUUUCUGUUGAGUGCUUAUUCAAGAUCAAUCGAACUACCUAAUGCGGGAAGUAGUUCAUCAUCAAGAUCAUUGAACAUCCUUGAAAGCAGUAGAUUGUGUAUACCAGAAGGUAAUCAAUUUCUGUUGAGAGUUGGAGCAGGUCUAACAGAACCUCCUUUGACGGAAGAGUGGAAACAGGCCAAAAUGAUGUUUUUGAGUGAUAAUGAGUUAUGCACUCUACCUGAGAAACCAAAUUGCCCUGAACUUUUGGCAUUGUUCUUACAAAGAAACCGGUUGCUGAGAGUGAUACCUCCAUCCUUUUUUGACUGCAUGACCUCUCUCAAAGUGUUGAAUCUAUCCGAGACUAGAAUAAGGUCCUUGCCAGAGAGACUGUUUAAGCUUAAAGACCUCCUAAUUCUCAUUGUAUGUGAUUGUAAACGUCUGUUUAUGCUUCCCUCUGAUGUUGGAUCUCUUCUUUGUCUUGAGGUGCUUGAUCUCCGAGGCACUAAAAUUAAAGUUUUGCCUGAUAAGAUUGGUGAAUUGACAUCCCUGAAACGUUUGGAAGUGUCCUUCUAUGGAUCUAUCGAUGACAGCGAAUAUGUUAAAUUGCCUCGUAAUUUGAUUUUGAGUGGCAUUAUAUCAAAGUUGUGUAAUUUGGACACCUUGAGUAUUGUUCUUUAUCCAGGGGAUGAAAGGUGGCAUGAGGAUGUGAAGUAUGUCAAAACUGAAGUCAGCAAGUUGAAAAAUUUGAAGUUUCUCUGUUUUCAUUUCCCAGAAGUUGAGCAUGUCCAAGAAUUCCUCACGGAAAGCGAACCAUGGAAGAAGAGACUCUUAACGGAGUUCAAGUUUGUGGUUGGCCGCAAUGUCAAGAGCAUUUCUUCUCAGGUCCCAGAGUAUUUGGAAUAUGAUUAUAAUCAGCAGGGUCAAUGCUUGAGAUUUAUAAAUGGUGAAAAGAAACCUGAUGAAGUUCUUCAAAUAUUAGCUCGCAGCACUGCUUUCUAUUUGGAUAAUCAUCUUGACAUUGAGAGCCUUUCCAACUUUGGUGUUCGCAAUAUCAAUGGGUUGAAGUUUUGUAUAAUAAGUGAUUGCCCCAAGGUUAAAAUGGUUGUGCAUGUGGAUGAAGUGAAAAAAGAUACUAAUACUGUUUUUCCUUUCCUAGAGACCUUAAGUAUCCAUCAUUUGUGGAAUUUAACAGCUAUUUGGGAGGGGAUUCUACCAGAACGAAGUUUUGGUCAGUUAAGAAUUUUGUCACUGCAUGGAUGUCCAAAGAUGGAGUAUGUUUUUAGAAGUUCAAUGAUUCAGUAUCUCUGUAAAUUAGAGGAACUGGUUAUCGAAGAUUGUCAAGCCAUCGAACAAAUCAUAUUCGAUGAUGAGGUAGCAGAUUCAUGUUCUGUUUCACUUCCCAGUUUGAAGAAGUUAACACUUCACUAUCUGCCUGGAUUGAUUACCAUUUCGAGUAGUCCCUGGCCACAAUUAGAAUAUGUCAGCUUCUACUGUUGCCCAAACUUGAAGAAGAUUGAUGCUGAUUCCAGGUUCAAAGAUGUAAUAAUAAAGGCUGAGAAGAGUUGGUGGGAUGCGUUAGAGUGGGAAGAUGAUGAAUUGCGGUUGCACAUUGAAAAGUACUCCACCAUUAUUUUUCAAGAUCAUCUGUAAGUAAAAAUUUUGGUUUAUUUUUUUUAAUGAGUUCAUAGAUUCAGUACGAGUUCAUAGUUUUAACCAUGUUGUACAUAUUGUAUAUCUGAAUUAUCAUUUUUUUAACCUUUAUCUUUACAGUCUGAGUUGGAAAUCGCUAAAUGCAUGAAUUAAUAAAUAUUAUCGAAAAUUGAGCUUCGAAUGGA